UUGAAUCUUUUGUCGUGCAGUAAAGUUUUAUUUUUUCACCAAAAUCAUUGUUAUUAUUAAGUUAAUUAAUCUAUAAACACCCAGAAUGGACGAAUUAAGGUUACGCCUAAAUUCUAAAAUCCACAAUAUCGAGUUGUUUGUAUUGAAAACAGAUGAACAGAUAAAAGAACUUGAGUCAAACCUUAAAAAUUAUGUGCUGAAAGCAAAGGAAACUCUCCAAAAAAAGCAAGUAAUUAAUCCCAAGCCACAAAAAAGAUUAAUGCGAAUUAUUUGUGAAGACCAAGAAAUUGAUCCGAUUAGAGAAGAAGAACCACGACCAUCAACACCACCUAUUCCAGCAAUUAGAAAUGUUGAACCAGUAGUGCCUUUACAGCAAAAAUCUCCUCAACGAGAAAGCUUAAGACCCAUUCGAACAGCAAAAACGAAUGCAAGCAAGAACUUGAAAGAAGUUUCAACAAAUGUAAAGCUAAGAAAUGAUAAUAAUGUUGCAGUUUUCGUCAAAUCCGAGAGAAUUAGUGCUGCAAAUAAGAAACUUCGUGAUUCAUUGAAAGAAAAUGCACAGCCUGCUCAUGUUUCUACGGAUGAAGGUAUGCAAACAGGAAGUGAACCCGAUUUGACAGCAGUUCGAGAUAUCAAACGAAGUAUGUCUGUGGAAAUUAUUCCAUCAUCAAAGCCAAUUCAAAUUGACAUAACGGACGAUAGUUCUGAUAAAAUGCCACCUCCACCAAUUCCUAUUAAAAACAAAAAGAAAGCACCGAAACAAGCAAUUCUUGAAUUACCUACUGAUCCGACACAAGCUUUGCCAGUGCGUGUAACCAGAUCGAAAAUUAAGAAGGAAAAACCAUCAAUUGGGAAGACAGUUUCAUCAAAAGAGCUUCAACAACCAAUUGUUGAAGAAGAAAAUCAUAUUCGAAAGAGCAUGUCUGAAAGUGUUUUACAAAAUCAGACACAAAAAGUUAAUGAUACAAUUGCUUCACUUGCAUCUAAGAAAGGUGCUAAAAAGAAGUAUCCACUGCCUAUAUUAGUAAAAAUCGAAAGAAUAAGCACGGAAGAGGUCCAAAAAAUUACUUCGCCUUCUAAUGUCGAAAUGGAACCGCCUCAUAAUGACAAUGAAAAUAUUCCACCAGCUGAAAGUGCUGAAAAGCAACAAAACUUCCUGAUAAACGAGACAGUCACAAUCAGCACAAAUUUGCCUGUUAAUGAAACUGUCACAUUAGCAACUAAUGUUAAUGCUAAUGAAACAUACAAUAAGAACAUGCACGACAGCUUAAUGACUGAAGACAAUGAUGAAGAAUCGUCAAUGGAACUUGCGCCUGAAAAAAUUAAGGAGAACAAAAAAAUUGAUCAUCAUCCACAGUUGCCGUUAAAAUUAAAAACCAAAAAUGAAGUAUUCAAUCCUUAUCUAUCCAGUCCAGUCAAGCAAAAAGUCCAAGCAUUCGAAAAACAUGCAGUGACAACUCCCGACAAGUCUAAAGCCACUAGUUCCAAAUAUAGUACCUUAAAGAAUGGAACGCCUUCGAAAAUAGCUCUUUAUGGUGCUAAGACUACCCCUUUGAACAAUGCAAAACAAAAGUACAUUGCUGCCAUUUCCGGUAGUGCCUCUUCAUCGACAACAUCGCUGUCAAGCAAUAAGAAGACAGCAACAAAAAAAUAUACUUCAUUAUCACAAGAAUCGAAUGAGGACACUCGUAAGAAUCAGGCAAUAUCAAUUAAUCAGCAGCUUGAAGAGAAAAGGAAACAGCGAGAAGAAAAACAAAAGCAAGUUCAAUUACAACGUGAAGCUAUUGAGAAGCAAAAACGUGAACAAGUUAUGCAGCAACAGCGCGAACGUGAUGAAAAGUUCCGUAAAAUUAUGCAGGAAAAGGAAGAAGCUAAACGAAUGGAAGCUCAAAAGAAGAAAGCUUUAAAAGAGAAUCAAGAAAAGAAAUAUGCUGAAGAGAAGGCACGAAAGGAUGAUUUUGCUUUACCGAAAGAACCACAAUCAGCUAGCAAGGAUGACAGUUUGUACAUUAAGAUGCAAAAACAAAUUCUUAUGGAAAAGUCCAUGUCACAAAAGAAAAAGGUGGUAGAUAAGAAUACUUAUUCAUUUGAAAUGCUUCAAACUGACGACUCAACUGAUGACGAGUCACAUCCAUCAAAGAAACGUCCUGAUCCACCACAAUGGAGUAAAAAACAAGUACGAACGAAACAGAUUUACAUGCAGUCAUACACAAAUUCCAAUGCAUUGGAUGCACUAUUUUCGUCUCAUCCAAUUAAUGUCAAUUUAAAGGAAAUAUUCCCAACUAUUGAUGCCAGAAAGUUAAUUCGCAAUUCCAGUGCUGUUUGGAAUACACCACCAAGAUAUUCACAAAUGCCUAAAUACUAGUAAAUCCACUGGAAUCAACUAUUAGAAUCUAUAUUCUUA